UGUAUAUAAUUUAUUUUUUAAUAUCUUUACUUCUAUUUUAUCUAACGAGAAAUUACAAACAUGAUUUUAAAAUUGCGACCUAAUUAUUUAUUCCGAAACCAAUGACAUGGAUGUUACUGAAUUAAUAUAACUUAUAUUUUGUCCGAUUUCUCCGAAUUAUAAUUAAAUGAAGAAAUAUUAAAGUACAUUGAGUUUAUGAGAUGUAUUUUGUUGAGUAAAGUUUAAACUUUCCCCUAUUACUUAUUAUUCAAGUAAUUUUUGUAGGAAUAGGAGAUGUUGGGUUGCUUGUUGGUAGAACUAUUACUCAUUGUUAUUGUUUUCUCUUUAUCAAUUUUCUUCCCGGAAUUACGAAAUUGAAUAAAAAUUGUGACAUACAAACGAAGGAAAAUAAAGACACAAAGUGUACAAAACAUUCAAUAGCGUAUUGGUAACAGAGUGAUUGUUGGUAUUUUGUUUUGACCAACGGUUUGCGAGGGAAGCAAUAGAAAAAAAUAUUUAUUGUAAUUUCUAAGAACCAGUGUUGCCGUUGAAAGCUUUCAAAUAGUUGCGCUAUUUAUUUAACUAAACAAAUAAAAAACAUUAAUCAAUAGGUAGACGUCCGUUGCGCCAACUUUUGUUAAAUGAAAACCGACAAAAAUGGAUUUUUCAAAUGUUAUUAACCGCAGUGAACCGCAUCAACGUACUAUAAUUCACAUUGACAUGGAUUGUUUCUAUGCCCAGGUUGAAGAAAUACGUGAUCCUACCUUGCGUUCGCUACCUCUGGGUAUACAGCAAAAAAAUUUUGUGGUGACUUGCAAUUAUCCAGCUCGUGAAUUCGGUGUUAACAAAUUGAUGACCGUUGAGGAGGCACAACGCCUUUGUCCUACACUAACAUUAGUUAAUGGCGAAGACUUGACACCUUAUAAACAAAUGUCUCAGCGUAUCUUUGAUGCUCUUUUGACUUUUACACCGUUAGUGGAGAAGCUGGGUUUCGAUGAAAAUUAUUUGGAUGUAACAGCACAAGUGUGUAGUCGAAUUGAAAAGAACCAAUAUGUACACGUCGAAAAUUCUCAUUUAGCUUCUAGCAUAAUUCCCAAAGUCGAAGGUCAUAUAUAUCCGGAAGGUACUGAAUUAUCUUCAUGCUGUGACUGUGGUUGCGCACAGCGCUUAGCAGUGGGUACACAAAUUGCUAAAGAAAUACGUUUAGCUUUACACAAACAACUGAAUAUCACAUGUUGCGCUGGAGUAUCGUAUAACAAAUUGUUGGCGAAAUUAGUAGGUGCUCAACAUAAACCAAAUCAACAAACUGUUCUAUGUUCUAACUAUGCGGAUGAGUUUAUGCGUGAUUUAAAUAGUUUGCAUAAAGUUACAGGUAUUGGUCAGAAAACAGAAUCUUUGCUUCUUGAAAGCGGCAUCGCAAACAUUUCUGAAUUACAAAAAUGUAAUAUGGACUCGUUGAGAAAAAAAUUUGGCUUUGAAACAGCAACAAAAUUGAAGGAUUUGUCUUUCGGAAGAGAUAUAAGUUCAGUUCGUCCAUCCGGCAAACCUAAAACAAUAGGCCUCGAAGAUUCAUGUCGUCCUAUAUCCGUACGUAGAGAUGUUGAAGAUCGUUUUCGUCUAUUGUUAAUGCGAUUGGUGGAACAGGUUGCUGAAGAUGGUCGUAUACCAAUCGCUAUUAAAGUAAUUUUACGUAAAUUCGAUCCUCAGAAGAAAACAAGUCAUCGAGAAACUAAGCAAGUAAACAUUUUGCCUUCACUCUUUAGAUCACAAAUAGGAACGGAAAGUGGUGGAUCAAAGGUGGUACUUGCUGAAGGUGCACAAGAAAAGUUGCUGAAGAUUAUUUUACGCCUCUUCGAACGCGUCGUUGAUCUGACAAAACCUUUUAAUAUCACACUUAUCGGUCUGGCAUUUUCAAAAUUUCAGCAACGAAAACUCGGCUCAUCGUCCAUUGCAAACUUUCUAAUCAAAAAGACAGAUUUAGAAGUACAGUCUAUAACUUCAUUGACAAACACUGAUGUACCCACAACAGCUGAGAAUCCAGUAGCCACAACGUCAGCAUCAAAUAACGACGAAGCAUUCCGUUCAUCACCCACAACAUUUCAACCAAGUGAUCAGUUUUAUCGUCGACGGGCAACUGCUGCUUCACCUAUACCAAUGCUUAUAGACAAUGGUUCCGAAUCUGCAGCAACAAAUUCGGAUUUCUCAGACUUCUCUGAAACCGAAAUAGAGCCAUCUCCAAAAAAGAGUCGCAUUGGUCGUUUAUUAAUGGCAAAGCGGCGAUGUUUGGGAAAUUCAGCCAUAUGUAAUGACACUGCUGAUGUUGCCUCCCCAAGUAAGUUGCGUGUUUGCGAUUUGCGUUUAAAUUCAAGGGACAGUGAAAAAGAAUUCGUAACGAGUCCAUUAAACGUUCCAACAAGUACCACUAGCUCUAUACCAACAGCAGCAUCCUCGAGUGCAACUACGUCAUUUACACCCUUGCAACGAUUUCGAACGAUACAACCUCCUUCGUCAUUACUUAUGAAAGUUAAUCGAAUUUCGACGGGAAAUCGUUCUUUUACAACACAGAGACAAAUCUCAUCGACACCAUCAUCAACUACCUCAUCGCCAUUACCUUCACCAAUGGAUGAAACGGGUAGUACAGCUAGUACACCGCCAAGUUGCGACAUUCCUACAACAACACAAACAUCCGAAUCGAUUCACUCCACUCAGUUACUCAUGGGAUAUUUUGGCGAUAUAUCAACAACAUCAGAGGUAGUUGCAACAACAACAACUACAAACACUACUACUAUCACUGGAAAUGUCUCCAACAUUCCCUGUCCGGCCGGUGUAGAUACAACUGUAUUCAAUGAGUUACCAUUGGACGUUCAAAACGAAUUGAUUGAAUCUUGGCGCAGUUCUCUAGCCGCUGCUGCAGUUGCUGUCGCUAAUGGCAACAUAAGAUCAACGAAUUCGACUAUUUCAUCCGGUACAACUCAUACCAACCAGUCAGCAAGUGCUGUCGCAGCUAAAGCUGGUGGUGCAACCAACAAUGGCAGUGGAGCACAGAAAAAUACCUUAUAUCGGUAUUUCCUGAGGAAUAAGUGAUAUUUCGAGUUGUUGUUACUUAUCGGUGAAA